UGAGAAAUGGAGGAUAUUCCAGUGAGCUUGAUAGCCCUGUGAACUCAGACGAUGAAGAGUGCGGAUUUCUUAUUCCUCAACAGCCACCUAAGAAGAAAUCUAAACUGAUAACUCAUUCAAAUCAUAUGCUUACCCUUAGGGCAUGUGAUGACAAUCAUUUCUUCCUAGGUAUGGAGUUUGAAAAUGCAAUCGAGUUUAGGAAAGCUAUUACCAACUACUGUGUGCGUACAGGCAGGGAUGUUCGCUGCACAAAGAAUGAUGCCAAGAAAAUAGGAGCUAGGUGUAGUGCUAACAAGUGUCCUUUCUACAUAUGGGCUUCCUGUCAUCGAGGGCAAGGUAAUCUGGUUGUUAAAACUUUUAUUCCAGUACAUAAUUGUGGUAGAUUAGCAACAUUGAAGAAGAUGAGAGCUGUCUGGAUUGCUAAAACAUAUCACAACAAGUUCAAAGUAAACCCUUAUUUGAGAUGUAGAUAAAUAGUCGAGACAAUUUGGACGGAGCAUGGUAUAAGGGUAUCUUUGUGGAUGGCUUUAAAGGCUAGGAGGAAAGCUCAAAAUCUCAUACUUGGAGAGUACAGAGAGCAAUAUUCAUUGUUGUACAGGUAUGCAGCGGAAAUUAAGCGAUCAAAUCCGAGGAACACGAUUAAGUUUAAGUUGAAUAAUAAUGUGUUUGAAAGAUUAUACAUCUGUUUUGAUGCUAUAAAGAAAGGAUUUCUUGCUGGUUGUAGAAAGUUUUUCGGGAUUAAUGGUUGCUUUCUUAAAGGUCCAUUUGGGGGCCAACUUCUCGUUACCGUGGGACGGGAUGGUAAUAAUCAGAUGUACCAUAUUGCUUGGGCUUGUGUAGAGGUUGAGGAUACAGAUAGUUGGGGUUGGUUUUUGCAAUUACUUGAAGAUGAUCUGGAUACCCAUGAUGGCAAGGGUUACACAAUUAUGUCAGAUCAACAAAAAGGAUUAUUGAAGGUUAUAACCAUUGUGUGGCCAACAGCUGAAACAAGAGUGUGUGCAAGGCACGUGUACUGCAAUUUCAGACAAGUAUAUGGUGGUGGGUUGGAGUACAAAAGAGGUUUCUGGAAAAUAGCAAAGAGCACAACGAUGAAUGAUUUCAAUGCAAACAUGGAUCUCUUUAAAGCUAUCAAAGUUGAAGCAGGUGAUGAUCUACUAAAAAGGAAUCAUACGAAAUGGAUUAGGGCCUUUUUCACAUCACAAUCUGAAUGUGAUUGUAUUGAUAACAAUAUGAAUGAAGUUUUUAAUGCGUAUAUCUUGUCCUCGAGGCACAAGCCAAUUGUAACAAUGCUCGAAGACAUAAGGGAGUCACUGAUGGAAAGACUUCAUAAGAAAAGGGACUUCAUUGCCAACAAGGAUAUAAUAAUCUGUCCUAGAAUUCAGAAAAGGCUAGAGAAAGAGAAGCUUGAUGCCCGAAGAUGGCUAGCUUUCUGGGAUGGACAUUUUUCUUAUGGUGUUAGAGAAGGAGCAACUCAAGUUAGGUAUGUUGUUAGUUUACUCGACAGAACAUGCAGUUGCAAUGCUUGGCAACUAAGUGGCGUGCCUUGCAACCAUGCUGUUACAGCAAUAUGGAAGGCGAUGGAACAUCCAGAACAUUAUGUUUCUCACUGGUAUUCAAAGGAAACAUAUCUGAAAGCUUAUUUGUUUCCUUUAGAGCCUCUGAAUGGUCCUCAACAGUGGCCAACAUCCAUGUACGAACCAGUCGAAGCACCAGGAUGUAAGAAGUUGCAGAACCGACCCACUGUGAAGAGGAAGCCAUCAGUUGGGGAAAAUGUGCAAGAUAAUAUCAAAUUGAGCAAGAAGGGACUGCCUCACAAGUGUUCUAACUGUGGGGAGGUGGGACACAAUAAGAGGAAGUGUUCUAUGCCUCUUAAGGUACCAACUGGACCACCUAUUCCUAAGAAAACAGCAACCAAGAAGACAACAACAACAACUACUCAGUCCGCACGCGCAGAAACAGCAGCAUGUCAAGCAGAAGAAGGGUUUUCAGUUGCUCCAAAAACAGAAGAAACAAACUAAGGGGAAGCAACCAAUGUGUGGGAAUGCACAGCAAGGGUUUGCACCAACUCAGAAUUCACAUACAUUUGUAGCAAUGCACAACAGAGGUGUUGGGGUUUACACUUAUCCCAAUGGCUUUCAAAGGCAGGCUAUGUUCAUUAACACACUUGGAUCGCAAACAAGUGUUGCAUCAACAACUUCACAUGAUCAAGCUAGAAAUUCAUCAACAAUUACAGACCAUGGAGGCUUACAUUAUCAAUUGUGAAAUGUAGGCUUCAAACUUGCUAGUCUGCUACUGAUUCUGCUGAGUUCUUCAACUUUCGGUCUAGGUACCUGCUAGUCUACUACUGAUUCUGCUGAGUUCUUCAAAAGUGUUGCACCUGAUUUUUCUUAAAGCUUGCGGUUGACCAUAAUUUUGCUCAAAAUGGAACCUGAUUACUAUAAAACAAUCAAGCAAGCUUCGUUUUUUUUGGUUUAAACAAUUAAGCAUUGCUGUAUUUUUUGUUUAAGAGCAUCAAACAGAGGAGCGUUGUACUUAUUUUGGCAUAUUUUGGUAGAGCAGCAGCAAGCAAAUAUUUUUUGGACUAUUUAAUUCAAUGCAAACUUUUCAGAUUUUA